GCGCGCCGACGCGCCGGGUCAAAGGUCAGGCCGCAAGAUGGCGGCGGCGGUGACCUUCUGCCGGCUGCUGGGCCGGAGAGGUGCUACGGCGCUAAGCGUGCCCCGGGGCGCCAGAUGUUUCGGGGUGCGGACCUCGCCGACCGGAGAGAAGGUCACGCACACUGGCCAGGUUUAUGAUGAUAAAGACUACAGGAAAGUUCGAUUUAUAGAGCGUCAGAAAGAGGUGAACGAGAACUUCGCCAUCGAUUUGAUAGCCGAGCAGCCGGUGAGCGACGUGGAGAGCCGCGUGGUAUCGUGCGACGGCGGCGGCGGGGCCCUCGGCCACCCCAAAGUCUACAUAAACUUGGACAAGGAAACAAAAACUGGGACGUGCGGUUACUGCGGACUCCAGUUCAGACAGCAGCACCACUAGGCCGCGGGGGGCGCCUCGGCGUGGCCCGAAGCCGGGGACCCGGAGCUGUACGCGCACCUCCCCAGUGCGAAUAAAGUGUGUCAAGGACGGCC